GCUGAACUGCGUCCCCGCCCAGCUCGCGCCUAUGCGGUACUUGAAGGAUGGCGAAGAGGUCGCGCAGUGAGGAUGAGGAUGAUGACCUUCAGUAUGCUGAUCAUGAUUAUGAAGUACCACAACAGAAAGGAUUGAAGAAACUCUGGAACAGAGUAAAAUGGACAAGAGAUGAGGAUGAUAAGUUAAAGAAGUUGGUUGAACAACAUGGAACUGAUGAUUGGACUCUAAUUGCCAGUCAUCUUCAGAAUCGUUCUGAUUUUCAGUGCCAGCAUAGAUGGCAGAAAGUUUUAAAUCCAGAAUUGAUAAAGGGUCCCUGGACUAAAGAAGAAGAUCAGAGGGUUAUUGAAUUGGUUCAGAAAUAUGGCCCAAAAAGAUGGUCUUUAAUUGCAAAACACUUAAAAGGAAGAAUAGGCAAGCAGUGUAGAGAAAGAUGGCAUAAUCAUCUGAAUCCUGAGGUAAAGAAAUCUUCCUGGACAGAAGAGGAAGACAGGAUCAUUUAUGAAGCACAUAAACGGUUGGGAAAUCGUUGGGCAGAGAUUGCCAAACUGCUUCCUGGAAGAACUGAUAAUUCUAUCAAAAACCAUUGGAAUUCUACUAUGCGAAGAAAAGUGGAACAGGAGGGCUACUUACAAGAUGGAAUAAAGUCUUCAUCUAAACUUCAACACAAACCUUGUGCAGCAAUGGACCACUUGCAAACCCAGAAUCAGUUUUACAUACCUGUUCAGAUUCCGGCCUAUCAGUAUGUGUCACCUGAAGGCAAUUGUAUAGAACAUGUUCAGACUUCUGCCUUUAUUCAGCAACCCUUUGUUGAUGAAGAUCCUGAUAAGGAAAAAAAAAUAAAGGAACUUGAGUUGCUUCUUAUGUCAGCGGAGAAUGAAGUUAGAAGAAAGCGAGUUCCAUCGCAGCCUGGAAGCUUUUCUAGCUGGUCUGGUAGUUUCCUCAUGGAUGACAGCACAUCUAAUACUCUAAAUAGCCUCGAGGAGCACACUAGUGAGUUUUACAGUAUGGAUGAAAAUCAGCCUCUGACUGCUCAGCAGAAUUCACCCACAAAGUUCCUGGCCGUUGAGGCAAAUGCUGUGCUGUCCUCUCUACAGACCAUCCCAGAAUUUGCAGAGACUCUAGAACUUAUUGAAUCUGAUCCUGUAGCAUGGAGUGAUGUUACCAGUUUCGAUCUUACUGAUGCUGCUGCUUCUCCUGUCAAGUCCACUCCAGUUAAACUUAUGCGAAUUCAGCACAAUGAAGGUGCCAUGGAAUGUCAGUUUAACGUCAGCCUGGUACUUGAAGAGAAAAAAAACAGUUGUAAUGGUGCAGAAAAUGAGGCUGUUCCUUUAACAUCCCCAAAUGUGGUCAAGUUUAGUACUCCACCAACCAUUCUCAGAAAGAAGAGAAGAACACGAGUGGGCCAGUCCCCCAGCAGUGAACUUAGUGAUGGUUCAUUCAGUGAUGGCAGUAAUGCAGCAUUAAAACACACACCAGUGAAAACACUACCAUUUUCUCCUUCACAGUUUUUCAACACAUGCUCUGGAAAUGAACAAGUGAAUAUAGAAAAUCCUUCAUUUACAUCCACCCCUAUUUGUGGGCAGAAAGUUCUCAUCACAACUCCUCUUCAUAAGGAAACAACCCCCAAAGAUCAAAAGGAAAAUGUAGGGUUUAGAACACCUACAAUUAGAAGAUCUAUAUUGGGUACCACACCAAGAACUCCUACUCCUUUUAAAAAUGCACUUGCUGCUCAGGAGAAAAAAUACGGUCCCCUUAAAAUUGUGUCACAGCCACUUGCCUUUUUGGAAGAAGAUAUUCGGGAAGUUUUAAAAGAAGAAACUGGAACAGACAUAUUCCUCAAAGAGGAAGAUGAACCUGCCUACAAAAGCUGCAAACAAGAGCAUACUGGUUCUGUGAAGAAAGUCAGAAAAUCACUAGUCUUAGAUAAUUGGGAAAAAGAAGAACCAGGUACUCAACUAUUGACUGAAGACAUUUUAGAUACACAGUCAGAAAAUAUAUUUACAACAUCUUUAUUAAUGAUACCAUUAUUGGAAAUACACGACAAUAGGUGCAACUUGACUCCUGAAAAACAAGAUACAAAUUCAACCAACAAAACAUAUACACUUAAUAAAAAGAAACCAAACCCUAACACUCCCAAAGUUGUCACAUUGGAAAAGAAUCUUCAGUCAAAUUGUGAAUGGGAAACAGUGGUUUAUGGGAAGACAGAAGACCAACUUAUCAUGACUGAACAAGCAAGAAAAUACUUGAGCAGUUACACAGCUACCGGCAGCACUUCAAGAGCUCUCAUACUGUAAUUGUUA